UCCCAGGGUAAAUAGCCCUUUCCGAUAAAAACGCCAGAAGAGGUGCGUUAUAUCGCCCUGGAUUCCACCGAAAAUCGUCUUUAAUCUUGUCCAUCCUCACAACAAGAGGCAAAAUGUUGAUGCCCAAGAAGAAUCGAGUUGCUAUUUAUGAAUACCUCUUCAAGGAGGGAGUCAUGGUGGCAAAGAAGGAUUUCCAUGCACCCAAACACCCAGAGCUGGAGACCAUUCCGAAUCUCCAGGUCAUCAAGGCUAUGCAGUCACUCAAAUCGAGGGGCUACGUGAAGGAGCAAUUUGCGUGGCGUCAUUAUUACUGGUAUCUGACGAACGAGGGUAUCGAGUACCUUCGCGGAUACCUCCACCUGCCACCUGAGAUUGUACCAUCAACCCUGAAGAGACAGCCAAGACCUGAGACAGCGAGGCCUAGGCCGGCUGCUGGAGGUAAGAGCGAAUCCAGACCGACUGAGGAUCGCGCUGGAUAUAGACGUGGUCCAGGUGGUCCACCAGCUCCAGGUGACAAGAAGGCUGACAUCGGUCCUGGCACUGGGGAUCUUGAAUUCCGCGGUGGAUUCGGUCGUGGCAAAGCUCCACAGUAAUUUCUAUUCGAUUUUUGUCAUGUAAAAUAAAUGGAAAAUUAAAAAAAAAA